AUGUUUCCUGUUUCGACUCCUCGACCCAGGGAAUACGAGAAGAGUGUCAGAGACAAGUGUUACUUCGACAUCAGUAUCGGCAACCGAUAUGCUGGUCGCAUCGUUUUUGGUCUUUACUCCGAAAUUGUCCCUUUGACCUGCGAAAACUUCAUUCAGCUCUGCAAGGGCUACCGCGUCAAAGAUCGCGUGAUAGGUUACCAGAACACCAUUUUCCACAUCAUCAAGCCCGGUUCCGCCAUUGCAGGAGGAGAUGUCCUGGAUGGUGCGGGGAAGACACGCGGCCUAAGUAUCUAUGGAGAGCAAUUCCCGGACGAAAACUUCGAAGUGGAAUUCACCCGGGAUGGCGAUCUGGCUAUGUGCAACUGGGGUAAAAACACCAACUCAUCCUUCUUCAUGAUCACUUUGUCGCAACAGCGAGCCUUCAAUAAUCACCACGUGUGCUUCGGCACCGUGCUGAAGGGCAUGCGUGUGGUGCGCGAGAUUGGCGAGCUGGGAACCAAGGUGGGACGCCCGGCAUUGCCCAUCCGCAUCGUGCAGUGCGGUGUGCUGGAGGAUGAUGCAGAUCCACCACCGCCUCCCAGUGGUGACUGGGCCGAUGAGGCAGCACCAGUGAUGACAGAGGAUGAAUUCCGAUCGCUGAGUGCUCACCAGAAACCCGGCGCCGUGCAGCCAUCCUGAUUCUUCAGGAUGGCAUCUGCUGCGAGCCGUCGCGGCCAUGCGUCAAAAGUCACGGCGCCGCUGAUCCUGGAAGAGUCUGUGGCAAAA